UCACCCCUUUUGAUUGCCAAGAAAUCGCCUUGUCUAGAUUCCCUUUUUGUUUUUUGACAACCCAGUUGUGCAUAGUAGGAAUUUCCAGUUGCAAAGGGGUUCAGGGGCUUUUGUCUUGAGUACAGGGUUGAAUCAGCUGUCUGUGAAGUUCAUUUUGCUCUGCCAUUUAUUUGUGAGACUAGGAUGAUGUACAUUUGAUUGCCAGAAUGCUGUCAAAGACUUUUUUUUUUGGCUGAAAGUAAUGGGGUUUGGGUGUUCACAUGAAAUACUAAGCCUUGGUUCGAAGAGGAGUGAAGACGAGACACUUGAAAGAAGAGUGUGACAACUUCAAUCCCUCAACUUCACUUUUUGCCAAAGUACUUCUACAUAGCCAGCAGAGAUGGAGACUACAAGUCAAGAGCUUUUGAAAUUAGAGAAUAAGAGUCUCUCUUCCUCAUUGAUAGAGUCCACCUUGUUUAUAUGUAAAGAAAAGGAUUCAGACUCUAAAAGAAAGCAACCGCCCCCCAAUGGAAGGCCAUUAACAAGUUCAGUUCCUUCUAGCCAUGUACUUGGAAAAGUGAAAGAUUUUCUUGGAGUCAUGUCUGAGGCUAAUAAAAAACUGCAGGUUGAAGUCAAGGACAAUCCCAAAAGAUAUGACAUUGAAGUUCUUGAUGGGAAUGAGUCAGAAAUAAUAGAAAUGGACUUAAUGCUGGGGAUUGCCGAUCUUCAUACCCCCGAGGCAGUAGCUGCUGCAGAAUCUGCAGUUGCAAGUCAUCAUCCUCUGAAUCCUUUAGCUGCCAGCUUUGGUGAAAUGGAUUCAGACGAUACUACCGAUGACGACGAUGAUGACAGUGAUGAUGGCAGCGAGGAUGGUGAUGACGAUUGUGGUACUACCCAAGCAGGCGUUCCCGUAAAGCACGGGAGAUCUGAAAAUGGCAAAGAAGAUUCGCACGGAUCAAUCGGAAGGGAACGGUCAAGAAAGCAACCGAAAAAGAGGCCUGACAUUGUCGAGUUGUCUUGAUUCUGUACAUUGUUCGUAAUUGUAUCCAGUAAUAUGAGAAGUGCAAGGCAGGAGUUUCCUAGUUACUCGCUUUAAUGGAAAUUGAACCCAAGAGCAAUGUGUUAGGAAUAUUGUUAUUUGCUAGAAA